AGCACAAAAGUGUGUUUCCUGUAUAACAAUACCACAAGAGGCAAUGAAGAGGGGGGUCAAUCUAAGUUUAUUAUGUUCGAGGAAGAUAAAAAAAAGAGUUAAAUACCGACAACAGCUUGUUCUGUAAUAAACCAUAAAGCCGUGAACCAUAAAUAAUUUAAACCAAGGCAAAUAUCUCCUCUGUUAAUUUUAUGUUGAUACAUUUCUAGCUAAUGUUUAAUAGUUCACUAUGUGAAACAUUUCAGAACACCAGGAGUGAAAAAAGCCUGUCAAGAAAAUAAUCAGUGACUCUGUUGUUGUUCUUUUCUCAUUGUGCUUUUGUCAGAACCUGUUGUGUUAAUCAUCAUUAAUGUAUUCAUGUUCUUAUCAAAGCUGAAAUGAGUAGCAGAUUAGGUAAUCAAUUAGUUGACUGACUGAUCUGCAACGAUUUUGUUUAUGUCAGUUUUCUAGCAAAAAUGACGUUACAUUGGGAAUUAUGACAGAGAACUUUCACUAUUUACUGAGAGAAAAACAAUGAAUUGAUUAAUCAAGAAAAUAGUUGCCACAUUUAUUGAUAAUGAAUAUAGUCAUUACUUUAAACCUUAACCCUUAUAAGAGCAUUUUAGCUGUUAUUUGGUGUUAAAUUCUUUUAAUCUUUUUUUUUUCUCCUUUAGAAAACUCAACAAAAUUCAGAUUACAGAAUGCACAAAUAAAAAAUAUUAAUAACAAUCUGGUACUCAGACAUAAUUUAAAAAAAAUGUAUGUUAAUGAUCAGCCAUAGAAACAUAAAGCAAACAGAACAUUGUUUUUCCAUCAAAGCCUGGCCUCUUCUCAUCCAUGUGACCCCUCUCGGUUUGUGUGCCUGAUUUCUCCACCUCACAUGACACAAGAACAAACUUUGUGUGAGUAUUUGGCGACACAGACUGGCGCAGGAAAGCAGAGGGAUGAAUUUAGACUGUCACCUAAUACCGGCUGCAAAACGGCCUCAGCUGUAAAGCCUGCUGGCAGAACUAGGAGCUUUCCCUUUCAAAAUAAAAGAGAAACGUGUCUCGUCACAGUCGUGCAACACAUGGUUAAUCAGACUUUAAUACUUUAUUAUGCCACUGGAGGGGGGGUGCUUUGCAGGGGUUUAAAAAUCUGUGCCAUUUUAGAGACAUUUCCUACCGACAGUUUCUAAAUAAGGGCUUUGUGCUGAAAUUUUCACACAGGAAGUGCUACAUUUUCAUUGUUGCAUACUUGACACUGCUGUAUUUACACAUGGGGAGACAGAGAGGGGCUCAGCAUCCCGUCCUGCUGUGUCUCCUGGAGGAGAGCCGGACUGAACGCAGCUCAGCAACAUGACCUGUCUGCACAUCAGAGGGAUUCUUCUCACUCUGUGUUUGGCUCCAACUGCUUUGUCGAGCCUGCACCCUGAAUGUGAGUUCAUCUUUCAGCUGGAGAAAGACGAGCGUAACUGCCUUCAGUACAUUACAGAGCACGGCAACAGCAGCACAGAAGGUUGUCGGCCCUUCUGGGAUGCAGUCGUCUGCUGGCCUCAUGCACUUAUUGGGGAAAUAGUCCACAGAGCUUGUCCUGCGGUCUUCUCCCUCUUCAAAAACAACACAGGUUCAGUGAGCCGUAACUGUACCAGUGGAGGUUGGUCCAGACCUUCAUCACCGUACCACAUCGCCUGCAGUGUGGAUGAUGACAUUCCUGAGACAGAGGAAUCAUACUUUGCCACAGUGAAGCUCAUAUACACUAUUGGCUACAGCAUCUCUCUCGUGGUGCUGGCUGCUGCUGUGUUGAUCCUUUUGUUCUUCAGGAGGUUACGUUGUGCCAGGAACUUCAUUCACAUCCAGCUCUUCAUCACGUUUAUCCUGAAAGCUGUGUCCGUGUUCAUUAAGGAUGCUACUCUGUUCUCAAGUGAUGACACCAACCACUGCACCCUUUCUACAUUUGCCUGUAAGGCCUCUGUGGUCUUCUGUCACUACUGUGUAAUGGCUAAUUUUUUCUGGCUCCUGGUGGAGGCACUUUACCUCAAUUCCCUGCUGCUUUCAUCCUUCUAUCACAGCCGUCGAUGCCUCUGGGGCUUCGGCCUGCUGGGUUGGGGUGUACCUGUGCUCUUCAUCGUCCUGUGGAUUGGAUCCAGGGUAUACUUUGAGGACACAGAAUGUUGGGACAUCAAUGAAGACUCGCCCUAUUGGUGGAUCAUCAAGGGACCAAUUGUUCUGUCUAUAGCGGUCAAUUUCAUGCUCUUCAUAAACAUCAUCAGAAUCCUGAUACAGAAGCUCAAUCCUCGGCUGAUUCAGUUCAAUAACUCCUCUCAGUACAGACGCCUGACUAAGUCGACCCUUCUCCUCAUCCCUUUGUUUGGUACUCACUACAUGUUCUUCAAUUUCCUGCCUGACUACUUCAAUGUUAACCUGCGCCUCUGUAUCGAACUCUGCAUGGGAUCCUUCCAGGGCCUUCUCGUUGCAAUUCUCUAUUGCUUCCUCAAUCAAGAGGUCCAAAAAGAGGUCCACAUGCAGUGGCUGAGGUGGCAGGAGCGGAGCUAUGGUGUGGUGUCACCUGCUGCAAAAGGCAGCCAGAUGGACACACCCUUCUAGUUGUGUCAUGACACGUCUUUACCUACAGUACUAAGACUUCUGCUAAAUGAACACCAUGCACACUUUAUUUGUGAGGAUUUUGUUUGUGUUUAUGUGUUAUAAUCUGCGAUGUCUUUUAUGUAAAUCAAACAUUUGCCUUAAACUGAAUGUAUGAACAAGUCGUAGUCAGGCUGUUUUAUUGUCACCUUUCUCUGUUGUUGCACUUAGAUGUUCCUGCUUUUCUUGUGCCUCUUUCUCUGACGCUUUAAUGCCGUCUGAAAAUGACAGAUUUCUCAAAGUUAAAGCAUAAUAAUUAUACUCUGUUUAAUGUAUAUGUAAAUAUAGCUCUCUGCAGCCUCUUCCAAUAAGCGAAGAUGUCCCCAGUUGGCAGCUACAGAAUGUUCAGUCAGUAAUAAAAGCUUAAAUAAGUAUUUUGUAACAUUUUUUU